GGUGACGUUAUUCGUGAUUGCCACGCAAUGACGGCAGUGCGACAGGCGACACCUCGAGUCCCGUUUACAUGAGGUGGUUCGCUGGGUGCCUCCCGCCCGUUCGCGGGACCGCGAAAGGUCAACAGGAGAAACUCGAAAGCGUCGUCAGUCUACCGUACAACCGGUUGGAGGAGACGAGAUUCGACAGCCCGGCGACGUACGGUUCCAUCGAGAGCGAGACGAAAUGCGCUCACGGGGUCAUAUACAGAUAUUGCACGAGGGAUCACGACGAUGGUGCUGACGUCGACCCUGGGGAGCACUGCCAUCUCGAUCUGCCGACCCUGACGGACAAGAAUGCCAGGAAGAGACUCAUCGUCGCCAGUGUUCUCUGUCUCUUCUUCAUGGUCCUCGAGAUCGUCGGCGGCUUCCUGUCGCGGAGUCUGGCGGUGGCGACCGACGCGGCCCAUCUCCUCACCGAUUUCGCCUCGUUCAUGAUUUCGCUCUUCUCCAUUUGGCUGUCCAAGCGGCCCGCCACCAAGCAGCUGAGUUUCGGCUGGCACCGGGCCGAAGUGAUCGGCGCCAUGACGAGCGUCCUGAUGAUCUGGGUCAUCACGGGGGUGAUCGUGUACAUGGCGGCCGAGCGGCUGGCGACGGGGCAGUACGACGUCCAGCCGACGAUCAUGCUCAUCACGUCGGGGGUCGGCAUCUUGGUCAACAUCAUAACAUUUUGUCGGACGGUGAACGCCUGGGUAUACUCAGAGGAGCGGGCAGAAAUGUGCCGAAGAGCGUGGUUGCACGUUGGCGGCGGCUUCCUGUCGCGGAGUCUGGCGGUGGCGACCGACGCGGCCCAUCUCCUCACCGAUUUCGCCUCGUUCAUGAUUUCGCUCUUCUCCAUUUGGCUGUCCAAGCGGCCCGCCACCAAGCAGCUGAGUUUCGGCUGGCACCGGGCCGAAGUGAUCGGCGCCAUGACGAGCGUCCUGAUGAUCUGGGUCAUCACGGGGGUGAUCGUGUACAUGGCGGCCGAGCGGCUGGCGACGGGGCAGUACGACGUCCAGCCGACGAUCAUGCUCAUCACGUCGGGGGUCGGGAUCUUGGUCAACAUCAUCUUAGGUCUGACCCUGCAUCAGCACGAUUCCCACGGGGGCCACAAGCACGACUCGCACGGGGGCCACAAGCACGGGAAUGAGGACCCGGAGGCGAGCUGCGGGGGCCGCGAGAGCGACGGCGACGCGGCGGAGCACGCGACGCCGGGGGUCAGCGUUCAUGGGGUCUCGCGCCGACACCGACGACUCAAUGAACCUAAAGCAGACCCGAAAUUUCUCGUUUCUCGACGACUGAGCCGACGCGGCAUUCCCCUUCAGCCCAAGCGGAACAUCAACGUGUCGGCUGCCCUCAUCCACGUGGUGGGCGAUUUCAUCCAGAGCGUCGGGGUCUUCGUCGCCGCUUUGAUCAUCUACUUCAAGUGUGGGAUUCCAAGGGGAAUUCGUUUCGAUGAAGUGGAGAAACUUCUUCUGUCUAUUGAUGGAGUUGUCAAGAUCCAUAACCUCCACGUCUGGUGUCUCAGCUUGGAACGCAUGGCCAUGGCUGCUCAUGUUGUCAUUUUACCUGGGCAUUCCCACCAGAGCAUCCUAAAGGAGGCCAUUGCUCGCCUUGGGAGGAAAUACAAGUUCUUCGUAACCACAUUACAAAUAGAAGAAUUCAAAGACUCCAUGAUAGAUUGUGGCUUAUGCAAUGAGAAGCCCAAGGACUGAUAACAAAUUCCUUCUUUCCUAUCUUUUUGGUGACACCAGAACUGUGGGAUGCACUGAAAAGAGAGUGAUUAGUUGUCAUAUUUGACAAAAGAAAUAACCUCUACAAGGGGUUGAACAGAGACUGAUGCUAUCAUGAAUGAAUUGGAUGGAAAAUGCAUGUGUCAUAAAAUUUCCCUUCUGUGAGUCAGACUAUUCUUUUCCCUGUAAUUAGAUGUGCCUAUCAACAGAGCCAGAGGAGUGGAAAUGAAAUGGAACCUAUGAGAAGAUGUCAAACCUUAAGCAUAAAAACCUCAUUUGACUUGACCAG